CCCUCAAAAAUAAGAAUAGGUGCAUGUAAUUUUUGAUCUUAUAUUAAAGUAAAUAUAGGAAAAAGCUAUGUCAUCUUUGUUUUCUCACUGUGCCUUAACUUUGAUUUGAUUUAAUUUGAUUUUAACGGUAGUUGAUUAAAGGGCAGCCCUGAAAGGCACUGCUGCUGUGAGAACACAUCUAACACAUAAAGCUUUUGGACUCUUCAGAAAUAUUCAAAGAAGUAAUUGUGCUGUGAAUGAAGGCUUAAAGUGCAAUCCUGAAGCCGGGGCGUGGAUUUCUGUGCUGGGGGUGGCAUUCUGGAAAUCUCAGCACAUCUACGAGGUACAAGAUCACACCAAAGAGGUCGCUCCUUAAAUCUCUCUCGUUCACUCAUCUUCCAUCCUGAUCCAAACCCACAGAAGUAUGUCGUGCAGCGUAGUGAAGUCCUUUCUGGUGAGCCUAUCCCGGAGGAAGCCCCUCGAGCCCGACGGGGAAGAGUCCACCUUUAAUCGAUGCUUGACCACUCUGGACUUGGUGGCCCUCGGUGUGGGCAGCACCCUGGGGGCUGGUGUCUAUGUCCUCUCUGGAGAGGUGGCCAGAGACACCGCGGGACCCAGCAUCAUCAUCUCCUUCUUCAUCGCUGCCCUGGCCUCUAUAUUUGCUGGGCUAUGCUACGCAGAGUUUGGUGCCCGGGUUCCUAAAACAGGCUCAGCAUACCUUUACAGCUAUGUGACGGUGGGAGAGCUCCUUGCUUUUAUCUCUGGCUGGAAUCUGCUGCUCUCCUACGUCAUAGGGACAUCGACUGUUGCACUGGCAUGGAGCGGAACAUUUGAUGAACUCAUUGGGGGAGUCAUGUCAAAAUACUUUGCAGAAAAUGCUGCCAUGGGCCUGCCUGGCUUAGCACCUUACCCAGAUGUCUUUGCUGCAGCUCUGAUCGUGCUCUUGUCAGGUCUCCUGUCUUUUGGAGUCAAAGAGUCAACGAUGAUCAACAAGAUCUUCACAGCGAUCAACAUCCUGGUGCUGCUGUUUGUGAUCAUUUCUGGAUUCAUCAAGGGAGACAUCUCCAACUGGAAAAUCAGCAAAGAAGAUGUGUUAAACGCCACUGCCAUAAACGGAACUGACAUUGCUAAUGCAACAAGCGAGUUUGGAGUGGGCGGAUUUUUCCCCUAUGGCUUUGGUGGAACCGUGGCUGGAGCUGCAACAUGCUUCUAUGCUUUUGUUGGAUUUGACUGCAUUGCUACAACAGGAGAGGAGGUGAAGAACCCGAAGAAGUCUGUCCCUAUUAGCAUUGUGGUCUCAUUGCUUAUAUGUUUCCUGGCCUACUUUGCUGUGUCUGCUGCUCUCACCCUUAUGAUGCCCUACUACCUGCUAAGUGAAACGAGCCCACUGCCAAUAGCCUUUGACUACAUUGGAUGGGGUCCUGCCAAAUAUGCCGUGGCUGUGGGUUCACUGUGUGCCCUGUCAACUAGUCUGCUAGGUUCCAUGUUCCCGAUGCCUCGAGUACUUUUUGCCAUGGCGAGAGACGGGCUGCUUUUCAAACCUUUGUCCAAAGUCACCACCAGAGGCAGUCCAGCAAUAGCUACAAUAUCAUCUGGCAUCGUGGCAGCCAUCAUGGCUCUACUGUUUGAUCUGAAUGCCUUGGUGGAACUGAUGUCCAUUGGUACUCUGUUUGCUUACACACUCGUGGCAGUAUGCAUCCUGAUACUGAGGUACCAGGUGGGUCCAUCUGAAGACACAGAACUUAAGAUCACAGAAUCAAAGAAAAAGUUUAGCUUCUUCAAACCUCCAAAAACACCCAACUCUUCCACAGCGCGAACAGUCACGCUCUUGACCGUACUUUCUGUUCUGUGCAUUCUUGCACUGUGCAUUACUCUGAGCCAAGGUAUGGAAGCUCUUGCCAACACUCAAGCAUGGAGCAUCGUGCUUGUCUGUAUCUUUGGAGUGCUCCUGCUGGUCAACUUGUUCCUCAUCUGGAGACACCCAGAGAAUCCCACGAAGGCAUCGUUCAUGGUACCUUUAAUCCCUCUUCUGCCUUUACUGAGUACUUUAAUCAAUGUCUACCUGAUGGUGCAGUUAGGUGGUCAAACAUGGAUCCGAUAUGCUGUCUGGAUGCUAAUAGGGUUACUUAUCUAUUUUAUCUACGGAAUGCGUAACAGCGUCCAGAGGAAGCGACUCAUGACCAACCACACAGAGCUCGAAACAGUCAGCGGCAAAACAGACAAGGAUACCAUUAAAGAAGAGAAAUUCUGAGCUCAAGCGGGGUGAAGACAGAUAAACUGAGAUGUUACAGUGAGCGACUUGCUUUAACUUAUAACCACUGCUUGAGAUGCACCGGUGCUGCUGCCUUUCAGCAGUCUUCAAUCUACGACAGCACCGAAGCAAAUGGCCAGAUAACUUGUUAACUCGACGGUUUAUUACAUCCUAACGCAGUCUGUUUGUUAUCUAAAUGGUCCAAAAUGAAACACUCCCUAAGAUAUAUUUGGACCUAGAAGAUCUUCACUUAUCACUGAUUUUCACAUUGUUGUUAACGAUAUUUAUCUGUAUGUCUUGUCGUAUUAGUGAGCCUGUUCCAAAGAAAAAAUAUUCUGUAGAUUAUUUGCUUUUUAUAAUUCUGAAAUAACAGGUUUACACUUUUCUUAUCAAGUGCAAAAUGUAAAUUAUUUUUAUUUCAGUUUUACAUUAUUUUAAUUUUAUUUUAAUAUAUAUUUUUAAAUGUGCAGAAUUUGACUGAAGACCUUAUAUUUUACAGAGCUGAUACAGAAAACCUUUUAUGGGAUUUCAUCUUCCAUUUGUAAAUAUGGAAACUGCAUGCGAUUGUUAACUAAACGACUGCCACUGUACACUUGAAUUAAAAAUUAAAUGAUUCGCUUUUGUA